AAAUUUGACUGUAUAAUGUAGAGCAAAGAUAACGGUGUAGCGAAAAAGGUGUCCUGAGCUGAGGUCCACUUAUUUUGUGUAAAUCCAUGGCUAUGCCUGCUCUCUGUUUCUUCUCCCUUAAAUUCCACCCUUUUUCUUCUUCUGCUGCUUCUUCUAAUCAUUCGCUUCCGCAGAUAAUUUCCCCUUCAAAAUCACAAGUCCCCUCUAUCUCUCCUCGCCUUUUAAAGCGUAGAAACCGACUCGUUUCCCAACCCACCACUAUCACCAACCUCUUUCUCCAUCCAAUAUUCUUCUUCAACGCCUUUGACAGACCUUUGGCUUUUGAUACUCAGUCCGCCCUUGCUACUAUCAGUGUUUUGGUCGCCAUCGUUCUCUCUCUCUUCCUGGGCUUCAAGAGAGAUCCUUUGCCUUGCGACCGUUGCGGUGGAAAUGGUGGCACUAAAUGUGUUUUUUGCAAUGAUGGUAAGAUGAAGCAAGAAAUGGGCUUGAUUGAUUGUAAAGUGUGCAAGGGAGCAGGAUUAAUUCUCUGCAAGAAGUGUGCAGGUUCUGGAUAUUCUAGGCGUCUAUGAGCUGUAGUUCAAUUUUGAUGCAAUAUUUUUUAUCUGUAAGAAAAUUUUACUGAAGCUUUAAUUCUUUUGUCCAUAUCCUCCCUUUUUCCCCACCUUUCUCUGCUGCUCCUCCCUCUCUAUCUCUAAAUUAUUUUCUUUUCUCGUUCCAACUUACAAUGUAAUUGGGGCAAAGUGUAACAGUAUUGUAAAUUUCAGAUGUAGAUUUCUGUUUUCAGAUGACUUGAACUCUUUUUAAGGCCAUCCCCUGCUUACAAAAUAUAAUCCUUAUUGAGUUUGUGUGUA